AUGGAUCAAUGUGAUUCUUCAAAGUUGAAAAUAGAUUACUUGAGUUAGGAAAUCCAAAAUUUAAACCAAAGGUUAGAAGAAUAGAUAACUAUAAACUUGCAAUAUUAAAGUCUCAUUAAUGGUCGAACUGAUAUGAAAAUGCUCUUGAGUGUUAUGCAAUCGGAAUAAGAACUUUUGAAAUAAUAAAUAACGAAAUUACUUACCGAGAGGAAUGAAGCUGUAUCAAAGGUAAUUCGCCAUGCAAUUUAGGUUCUAAUUCUAGAAUAAAUACUCUAAGUCACUCAAUAGGAAAAUGAUUUCAUUCUCAAAGAGUCAGAACAAAGAAUUAAGCAACUGCAAGAACAAAUAAAAUAUUAUGAGUAGUCAUGCUAAAACUUGAAUCUUUAUGAGAACGAUCCUCAAAAUCAGGGUUAUUUAAUAAAGUAUAAAUAAAUAGUGAAUUUGAAUGAGUCCACCUUGAGAUUACAAUAGGAGAUCGAGAAUUACAAGAUUCAAUUGGCUUUGGCUCACAUGAAGAUGAGUAAGUUAUAAGAAUCCAAAAACGAUUUAAUCUAGUUGAACUUUACUCUCUCGAACGAAAUAUGUAGAUUGAAGAUGUAACCAAAUCAAGGAGUGAAAAAUGUAGACAAAUACAUUACCUAGCUAAUUGAAGUCCAAAAGAAGUUGGUGUAGAUUGAAGAUGAUGAUUCCGAUAAGGAUUGCACAUCUCCAAUGCAAGACAGAAUUCAAUGUUUUUCAAAUAAAUACCAUUUUCACUUAGCACAAUAUGCCAAAAUUGGAUUUGAAGAGGGCUCAGCAAAUAUAAGCCUUUACCUUAUAGCAAAUCAACAUGAAGCAACAAAAGAACCAAGAUUUAAAUCAAUAAGAAGAACUUAUUUGAAAAAUAACUACGAUGCCUCUAAAAUACUAUUUGAUUAAUUGAAGAUUCAAUUCGAGGAUCUCUAAAGGAAAUACCAUGAAACCUUAUCAAUAAACGCCACUUUGAUUCGGGCUAACCAAAAUUACGAAGAAAAAUGGUAGAGCAUUAACAAACAGCAUAAUAUAUAUAAGGAAUUCUAUUUACAGUAUAAGGAUUCCAUUGAGAUAUUCAAUAAAAGUCUAAGCAAUAAAAAAUUACAAGAAUCGCUAUCCGAAAGAAAGGAUCUGUGUGAAUUUUCAAUUUAAGAUUCAAAGUUGAGACCGACAUCAUAAUUGAGGAGAUCCAGUGUUAAUGUGGUUGGGAUUACAUCAGUGGAUUCAACUACCAAUUGCAUCAAUUACAAAGAUAAAUUAAUCCAGAUGACUAAGGAUGUUUUUUAAAUAUUUAAGAAGAAGUAGAAUGAAAAUGAAAGUAGCGAUGAAGAUAUUCCCAAGUUGAAUCAAAUGAAAAGGGAAUUUACUGUGUCGAACAAUUUUCAAUCUAAAUAAAGACAAGUAAAAAAAUGA